GCGCCGAGGGCUUCGCGCAGCAGUUGCGAGCAAGCUGGCGCGCGAGGCCUUUCCAUCUACUCGACGAGCUACGGAGGACCCUUGUGACGUGCGACAUCACGUGGGACGGCAGACACGAGUCGAGUCUUUCUGGCAUCGACGACGGGCAAUUGUGCUGCUUGUGCGAGGAGCUCAAGUUGUUGUAUGCCCCGCGGCUCGACGACGCACGCCUUACGAAGUAUCCGCUUCUGCUGUUCUGCAUGGUUCUGCACACGCAGGAAGACGUGGACAUUGA